UGUUGUACCCAUAACAUUGAAUUCAGGUUUUGAAUGUAUAAGUCAAGCAAUAAGUUAUGUGAGUCUUGUGAAUCUUGACAUUAUUUGGAAAUGCUUUGUUUACGUUGAUUUCCUUUUUCAAUAAAAUAUAAAAUCAAAACAUAAAAUCUCUGGUAUUAUUCCUAAAGCAAAGUGUUCAGCAGAAUGCAACAGGAAAGAAGGAGACGUUCUUUAGGCGAUUUACAUCCUCAUAAAUAUUCAUGUGGUCGUAUCAGUGGAAUGGAACCUCGCUGGCCAUUGGUUUUACAGGAAGGAAACAAGGAAAUUAAGCAUGUUUAUCUCAAGGUGUUAACCAUUAAUCCACCAAAGGAGUACAAGUAGGCAAUUUUUCCACCCAAUUUAAACUCCUCUCACACCUCUCAGAGGGAUCACACUCACUUGGAGAAGGGACUCAUGGCUGACAGAGGAGCUACGACAAUGCUCAUCAUAACUCUCAUAUUGAUGACACUUUACACAUUUGCACCAUGCUCUUGGGCAAAUGUUAAAAUUGGUGUCCCUGAGAACUACGAUGGUAUUUUUCCAUGGUAUCUGGCCAAGCUCCAUAGCCUGCCAGGUAAUUACAGCGACCUGGUGGUAGCAGGGGAUGAUGAGGGGAUAUUCGGAGUCGACGCUCAGUUUCUCUACGCUCUAAAACCACUGGACAGAGAGAAGCGGCCAUCUUACUCUCUGCAGGUGUCCUUCAGAACAUCAGAGCACCGUCAGAGCUUUACUAUUGAAGUGUGCGUCAUCGACAAGAACGACAAUGUGCCCACUUUUAUAGAGGAGAGCAUGCGAGGCAGCGUGCAGCUCGGGCUUCUCAAAGGGAUCCCAUUCAUGCAGGUGGAGGCACUGGAUCGUGAUGACCGCAACACCGCCCACGCUGAGCUGCGGUUCAGCCUCAUGGAACAGACACCCAGGAUUCCCUCCAGCCAAAUGUUCUUCAUCGGCUCCAUCACCGGAGAGGUUUCCCUCACGGAGGAAGGAGCCUCAACUCUGGACCCAGAGAUGUGCGGCCGCUAUAAGCUCUCAGUGAUGGUGAAGGACAUGGCUGGUAAAGCAAACGCUUUCUUCACCACCGGCAUUGUUACUGUUGAGGUGACUGGAAACACCUGGGCAUCUCCCGACCCUGUACGACUUCAGGAGAACCUCCCUGGCCCCUACCCCAUCCCCAUCUCACAAGUCAAAUGGAGUGGAAGUCAGGCAGAGUACAGUUUGGAGGGGGAGUUUCCAGAGAUGCUCUUCACCAUCAGCAGAGAAGGAGUCAUUUAUCUCAACGCCCCUCUGGACAGAGAGACACAAGACCAGUUUCAGAUCAGCAUUGUGGUUGAGCGUCCAGAUGGCAGAGAGAUUGCCAAGCCUGUGGAGUUGAGGGUGAUGGUGGGCGACGCCAAUGAUAACAGACCCACCUUUCCAGAGGCACAGUACCACACAGUGGUAAAGGAACUGGCUGCUCGAGGGACAGAAAUCCUGACAGUGCAGGCAGCGGAUAACGACGAUCCCAAGACAGACAACGUGCGCAUCUUCUACCGCUUAGUUGGACAAAUUCCAGAGAGCCCUCGUGCCCUCUUCAGAGUGGACCGUGACUCAGGGGUCAUCUCCGUCCAAGCAGACAGUAUGGAGGGCACAGCACCUCAAUACACCCUCACCAUCACUGCUGAGGAUGCCAAAGGUCUUAACAGUUCGUGCACUGUGGUUGUGACGGUGCAGGAUGAGAACAACAACCCGCCAGUCUUCUCCCAACAUGAGUACGGGCCCUUUCACAUUUCAGAGGACGCUCCAGUGGGUACCACUGUAACAGCUGUUCUGGCAGGGGAUGCAGAUGUUCGAGGAGGAGACAGCUGGAAGGUGGAUUAUCGUUUAGAGUCUGGGAAUGAGGAGGAGGUCUUUACCUUAGUGACAGACAAGCAGACCAAUGAGGUCUCACUCAUCCUUUCAAAGGUCUUGGAUUUUGAGCGUGAGAGUGAGUACAUCCUCGUGCUCAGUGCUCAGAACCCAGUGGCUCUGGUCCGUGGUCGAUAUGGACCUGCAUCUACAGCAACAGUCUCCAUCUAUGUUGACGAUGUGAAUGAAGGUCCAAUCUUGUCUCAAAGCCAUUAUGAGGUGACUGUCAGGGAGGGUGAGGAACCAGGACGGGUUAUUGCCACCAUCCGAGGUUACGACCCUGAUUCUCACCCAAUCAGAUAUUCUCUUCAAGGAGACACCAAGAAAUAUUUUUCAAUAGGGAAGUAUUCUGGUGAACUGAAGACAGUGCAGGCCUUGGACCGAGAGGAGAACAGCACAUACACCAUGGAGGUCAUUGCAGUGGAUGGGCGAAACUCUUCCUUAUCGGCGUCCACCCUGGUGACAGUCCAUAUUCUGGAUGUGAACGACAACAGCCCAGUGCUGGUUGGAGACUAUUCCUGGAAGUACCUGUGUACGCCUCGAUGGGAGGACCAAGCUCUGGUGCUGGCCUCACGGGACAGUGAUGGGCCACAGCACGGAGGACGACUCAACUUCUCCCUGCGCAGUGAUGCCACAGUCCGGCGUAACUGGAAGCUAACACCUAUUAAUGAUACUCACACCAACCUGUCCUUAAACACCCCUUACCUGGCCCCUGAGGUCUACACUGUGCCCUUCACCAUCUCUGACAGCAGCUCUCCUCCCAGGAGCACCUUCAUAAACUUGCCAGUGACAGUGUGUCCCUGCAACGUCAGAGGGAACUGCAAAAUGGCUGCCAAGCAAUUGCAGGGCAUGCCAACUAUUCAGUCUGCAGUGGGGAUUCUGCUUGGCACCUUUGCAGUCAUAGGAACUAUCCUCAUUGUUGUGUUUGUGAGACUGUCAUACCAGAGUCCCAAACGGCCGAGCAAAACUAGCCAGGAGAGAGUUCCCCUGAAUAUUUCAAUCUAAUUAGGAUGACACUGAAUUGGAUGUCCUGCUCACUGCCGCUGCCAACUGGACCAAUGUAACAAUGUUGCUAUCAGGGCACUGAAUUCAUUAAGUGAAUGUCUAAAAAAUAAUUUUUAUUCAGUUAUUGGAUGUUCACUGGCGUGAAAACAAAAUGUCAAGAUAUUAAUCAAGAAGUGUAAUGUAUGUUAAGUGCGGCUUGUGUCUGCAAUGAUGUUGACUUGUGUUUUAUGUUUUUAAAUUUUUUUUAUAGCUGUUGAACGUUUCAAAAUUCACCAGAACAACAGUAUAAGGCCAAGGUUUGGAAAUUAAGAGAUUUGGAGAACAAAGGCAUACUAAUAGUGAAAAGUUGCAAAAUGUUUCAAGAAUAAAGUUAUAAUGUAAUUUAUUAGAAAAAAGUACUUUUUUUAGUUUAAAUUCAUAAUAUGAAAAAAGUUGCGAUAUUUUUAAAUUACUUUUUGACCUUUUAUUUUAAUGUUUUCUCUUAAUCUUUCAACUUUAUUCUCUAAAUCGUAUGUUCUCUAUCCUCACCCUGGUCACUGAAAUAUGAUGCUAUGUCCUUGAUUCCUAAUUAUGAUAAAUUGUUACAAAAAGAUUGUUGUAAGACUAUAAAAUAGGAGAAAUAUGCCUGUAAAUGCUUUGAUGUGGUUUAAUCUUAUUUAACACAUACUUUCAGAAUGAAAACAUGUUGCAAGCUCCAUAACUGCAUAAUUCCAUUCCACUUCAAAUUUUCAUAUAGAUUAUUUGGUUCUAUUCAUAGUAUAACUGUACAUGAACUGUGCUUUAAAUCUGAGCUUCUCAAAGCUGUAGCUCAUUCACUCUGAAUCUUUUCUUUUCAUCCAGCUGGCUUCCACAAUACAAACCGAAACACUUUUCUAAUCUAAUAAAACAGCCUGAAAUUGUCCUUUGUUUGUAAUUGUAUUAGCAGAGCGUUCCAGUCCCUCUUUAUAAAUGCUGAACCAGGCGACCUCACAGGCAAGCAAAGCUAAAUUGAGACCAGAGUGUUGCUAUGAAUAGCUCAACAUUUGAAGGUCCACUAAAUGACACUCACCUAGCAAUGUCCAACACACUAAUCACCUCUCAUUCACAAAAGACAAAGCUUUACAAAUAGCCGCUACAUACUCAUCCAUUGGCCUGCUCUGACAAAAGUGUAGUUCAUUUGGAAUAAUUGUUCAUACUCUACCAUGAGGGGCAAAUACUUACAGUCACAAAAAUGUUCUCACAGACA